UUAUUAACGUUUAUCAUAUGGAGACACUCAUAGCAACAAACCAAAUCUAAAAAUCCUAAUCUCUAAUGAUGAAUAUAAUCCUAAAUAUCAUUCAAAGAACAAAACAAAAUCCUAAUGAAGAUAACUAAGCUUUAAGCUGUGGUGCUUAUUUAUGAUGAGCACAAUAAUUUUUCAAAACAAUUGUAAAAAAGGAAUGGCUAAGGCCGGCAAAUAUAGUUCCAGCACAAUCUUCACUCGUUUCGUCAACUGAGCUGCAGCAUUCUGGAUCAACCGAAACCUUGUGAUUCCAAAUUGAUGCAAUUAUCUCACCAACACAUUUCUUUUCAACGUGGAAAUCUCCCAAGCAUUUUGCAACUUUAGAGGGAAUGGGUGGAAGUGCAAAACCUUGAGGUUCCUCAUCUUCAAACCCUUGCAACCAUGGCCGAGCUAGACCUUGAGGGAAAAAUGCAGCUGAGCAAAAAAGGUGAAGUAGCAGAAUAGCAAAUUGUUUCUUCAUCAUUGAUUUCUAGUUAAUCAAACUUCACUCUUAGAAGAUAAUAGAAUCGAAACAAAGCAUGACAGAAAAUGGGGAAUUUGAUAGCCUUAUAUAAUGACUAGAGGAUGAGUUCUAUUGCACUUGAUCUACAGUUUCAUUGGUCGGUAAUCACUCUUAUUAUCAUUAAUUAUUUCUAAUUCUUUUUGAUAUGGGAGACUUAAUUGAUGAGGAGAAAAGCUUUUUUUUUUUCAUUUUUAUUUGUUUGUUUUAAUAAAAAUCCAAUGCUUUGGAUAAUGAUAGGUAAACUACAACAAAACCUAAGAUUUAUAACCUUAACCUAACUUAGUUAAGUGGCUAAAGGCAUAUCAAUCAUCUGACAUAUCCAAGUUCGAGAGUUCUUAUUUCCCCAGAUCCCCUGCUAAAAAUACCAACCAACAGAUAUACAUACCGGCUUCAUUUCAGAUUUUCUGAUAAAAAGAGUUGGAAUGAGUUGAGAAUUAGAACAUACAAGGGCUAUCCAAUUCCACUAAUCACUUCUAACUCAAACCUCCCACUUGUUGAAAGUUAAUCAAAUCUCACUACAAAUCACUAAAUUGAAAUUCAACCAAACUUUUACCGAUUAUAAUAUGACUAUUAAAUUAUUGAAAUGUGCAAUUAACCAAAUUAAUGAAUAAAACAAAACUAUAUUGGGACCAAAUGACAUUAUUAUAAAAGGUUCUUUUAUUGUAUAAAAUGAAAAAUGAUCAGUUACUAUAUAUAAAAAUUAUUUUUGCUCUACCCAAAUCAUCUUUUAACAUAAGUUUUUAAUUGUUUACAUAUAUAUAAAUAUACACACACACGAGAAAAUUAUGUUUUACUAACAUUUUGAUGUUUGUUAAUGAAUUAUAAAGAAAAAAAAAAAAUUGAGAGAUAGAUAGAUAGAUAGACACUUGAGGCUGCUAUACAUGUCUAGCCAUAGCUCGGUGAAAAUGGAACGCGGGUUAUCAGGUUUCCCUCUAUGCCUUACAUUGUAUAGAAAUUAAAAGAAAGUGUGGUACUUGAAGAAUGAACAUUGCAAAAGCAAUAGAGCUUAAUUCUUUGUUAAAAAUGGAAGGCAAUUACGAAGCCAGAGCUUAGCUUACCCUACGUAAAGGCCUAAAUUCACUUAGAUCCUUUCAACAAAUGCCUUGACAAUAGAAACCCAUAACAAACACAAGCAAAAUCUAGCACUAUAAAUAUCAUAGCAUUGGCUGGGAAAAAAAAAAAAAUCUAACCCUCAAACAAAAAGAAGAGACAAGAAGAACCAAAGGCGAAGUGCCAGAAGUUGUCAUUGUGCCCUGCAGGAUGGCAUCGCCUUUGGGAGCCUUGUCUGCCACAUUAUUAUUGCUCUUAGCUAUUGCAUUGGCUAAUUGCGAAGCAAAAGCUAUGCACUCUGCUCUCCAUGCAGUUGGACGACACAGCCAACGUGUUCAACCUGUCAAACAUCACAAGCCAAAGUUCAAGCCGGGGCCUUGGAGCAAAGCUCAUGCCACCUUUUAUGAAGGUGGCACUGGAUCAUUUGGGGGAGCAUGUAACUAUAAAGACGUUGUAGGGGAAGGCUACGGCUUGAACACAGCAGCUCUAAGCGAAGUUUUGUUCAGGAAAGGGCAGACAUGUGGUGCUUGUUAUGAAAUUCAAUGUAUCGAUAACCCUAAAUGGUGCAAGAAAGGAUCUCUGUUUGUUACAGCAACCGAUCACUGCCCACCAAAUCCAUCUCUACCAAGUGACAAUGGAGGCUGGUGCAAUUCACCUCGUCAGCAUUUCGAUAUAGCCAAGCCCGUCUUCAACCAAAUCGCUGACUACACUGCUGGCAUUGUUCCUAUCCAAUACCGCAGGGUUCCUUGCCAGAAGAAAGGAGGAAUCAGGUUCACAAUAAUGGGGAAUCCAUGGUUCAAUCAGGUCAUAGUGUGGAAUGUUGGUGGAGCUGGAGAUGUUGUUAGUGUUCAAGUGAAGGGCAAUGACAAGCUUAGGUGGACUCAAAUGGAAAGAGACUGGGGUUCCACUUGGAAAACCAGUGCUCAUAUGGUUGGAGAGUCACUGACCUUCAGGGCUAGAGCAAGCGAUGGCAGAUGCUCAACUUCAUGGCAUGUUGCCCCUAAGAACUGGCAAUUUGGUCAGACAUACGAGGGCAAGAACUUCAAGUAGAGCAAUACAACAAAGCUGGGCAAUCUAUAUAUAUAUAAUAGAAACUCUGGUCUCCUUCCUAAUUGCUGAUUAUGGGUUUUGGAGGGAUUCUGCUAAUAGAAUUGUAACCAUUAGAAUUAUUUUAAUAUAUAACCUCUAACUUUUACUUCA